AUGUCCCAGAACAAAGCUGGAAGACGGAGGAGAUCGAGCAGUCUGAUUUACCAGGAGCCCGCCGAGUCCAUUGAGCACACCAGCGACCAGGCCGCCCUUCCGAAUCUAAAUGCGAACUGGGUUAAUGCUAAGGGUGCCUGGACUAUCCAUUUCGUCUUGAUCGCGGCUUUGAAGAUCUUCUACGAUAUCCUUCCCGGCGUUUCGCAGGAGACAUCAUGGACUCUCACCAACAUCAGCUACAUGUUUGGCUCUUUCAUCAUGUUCCACUGGGUGCGGGGUAUUCCGUUCGAGUUCAACGCUGGCGCUUACGAUAAUCUGAACAUGUGGGAGCAAAUCGACAAUGGGGACCAGUAUACCCCGGCUAAGAAGUUCCUGCUUUGUGUACCAAUCUGUCUUUUCCUCCUCAGUACACAUUACACCCACUACGACAUUACAUACUUCGUCAUCAACUUCCUAGCUACCUUGGGAGUGGUCCUCCCCAAACUACCUUUCUCACACCGAUUGCGGAUAGGUCUCUUUUCUGAUAUACCUGAAGAGUAG